AUUGAGCCAUUUGCUGCAACUCAUCAAGAAGGUAACGGCGGAGAGAGGAAAAGGGGGAAAGAGCAGAAUUACACCAUUAGAGAAGAGAAGAGAAGAAAAUUGACAAUCAAACAACGAAGAAGAAGAAGAAGAAGAAUGGAAUUUAUUUAUUCUUGAAAUGCAUAUAUUUCCCGAGAUUAGGAUAUGGGGAGUGGAGGAUUUUUGUGGAACUUGGCUAAGAAAUACGUCACAUUUGGACUCGUAGCUGUUACCAUCUCAGACCGCUAUGUCAGCGUCAGUCCAGUUAGAGGAGAAUCUAUGUCUCCAACAUUCAAUCCCCACGGUUCCAAGGCACUGCUUGAUGAUUAUGUUUUAGUGGAGAAAUAUUGCCUUGAGAAGUACAAGUUUUCACGUGGUGAUGUGGUGAUUUUCAGCUCUCCAACUGAUCAUACACGAAAAAUCGUUAAGAGAAUAAUGGCAUUGCCCGGAGACUGGGUAGGAAAUCCUCGUGCCUAUGAUGCUGUGAGAGUUCCUGAAGGACAUUGUUGGGUGCUUGGAGACAAUUCUGCUUCUAGCUUGGAUUCCAGAACAUAUGGCCCUAUUCCAUUGGGACUAGUAUGUGGAAGAGUGACACACAUAGUAUGGCCUCCUCAAAGAGUUGGCAAGAUAGAGAGAACAAUAACUGAAGUCGGCGUGCCAUUUUAACCGCAUUCAAGUACUUAUUCCGUUCUUACAUUUUUCAUUUGAUUGUUGAAGACUCUUCCAAAAGGCUCUGCUAUAAAUGUGUUUUUUUUUUUUUCAGUUUCCUAAUUCCCCGAAAGAUCUUGAGAAUUGGUCAAGAUCUCUGUGGGGAUGUAUGUAAUACUUACACUGAUAUUUGUUUGGAUAGACUUUUAUGUUUCA